UAAUAGAAACCACCCUUAGCUCGGAUCGAUCAUUCGGGAGCCGACGUUGGGCGAGUGAAAAGUGUUUCGAUUUAAGGAUAGAUAAUUGAUGCUAAUACACGAUCAAGAGUAAAGUGGUGCGAAACCAAUGAAGAUGGAGUUUGUGCAGGAAUAUACGGCCGAAGAGGCAUACCAUAUUGAGAAAGAGUUCACGCGAUUGAAAGGUACAACGAAUCGAGUAGUUCAGUAUCCAAAGGGGUUCAGUGCUAUUUGGGUGACCGUACAAACAGUUUGUUGAACAAGUAAACACUACAUGGACCACGCCGGAACUACGCUCUACGCGGAGUCGCAAAUCAAAGCCAUACAAACCAUGCUCGCCGGGAGCCUCUUCUGCAAUCCCCAUAGCAGCCCAUUGACGGGAAAAAUGCUCCAACAGGUCCGGCAUCGUUUGCUUCAGUUCUUCAACGUUCGAAGUUCCGAGUACAGUUUGGUGUUCACAUCCGGUGCCACUGCAAGUCUAAAACUCGUAGCGGAAAGCUUCCAGUUUCGUAUGCGGGAUAAAACUGAAUCCGACGAAGGAACAUUCGUUUACCUGCGUGAUAAUCACACCUCGGUUCUGGGGAUGCGAGCCAUUGUAGGGACCAAUCGGAUAAACGUAAUUGAACGGAAGGACUUACUGCGUCACAUGGACGGGUCGGCCAAACGGAUCGGAAAAUCCAAACCAUCGUUGUUGGUGUUUCCAGCGCAGAGCAACUUCAAUGGGACCAAAUAUCCGCUAGAUCUGAUCGAAAAGGUGCAGCAAAAUGGACUGAUCGGAUUCGACAACGAACGGUUCUACGUUUGUCUGGAUGCUGCCAGUUAUGUAUCGACCAACUUUUUGGAUUUGAGUCGCUACAAACCGGACUUUGUGUGUAUGUCAUUUUACAAAAUUUUCGGCUAUCCAACGGGUUUAGGGGCACUGUUGAUCCGAAAGGGAUCUGAGGAUGUUUUGGAUAAGAAGUACUACGGUGGUGGAACAAUUAAGAUCCUACUCAGCGGGCAGAAUCUGCAUCUCAAACAUGAUGACCUGGUGGAACGGUUCGAGGACGGUACCCAACCGUUUCUUUCGAUCCUAUCAUUGCUGGAGGGCAUGAGUACCAUCCAAAGAUUGAUACCGCCGGCCAAGGGAUGUCGAUCCAUGGAGCGCAUUUCGAAGCAUGUGUUCAAUUUGGCGAGAUACUGCUAUCAGAAGUUGGCAGCAUUGCGACAUGCUAACGAGAAAAAAGUUAUUCUGUUCUACGUGGAUACGCAUUAUGAAACAUCCGAUCACCAAGGCGGAAUCGUCACAUUUAAUGUGUUGAAAGAUGACGGAAGUUAUGUAGGUUUCUCGGAGUUUGCGAAAGUUGCAGGUCAGCAUGAGAUCUAUGUACGAACAGGUUGCUUCUGCAACGCUGGAAGUUGUCAGACAAACCUUGGGCUAUCCGACGAGACUAUACUGAUGUUCUACAAAAUGGGUAAGAUCUGCGGGGAUGACACGGACAUGAUUGAAGGACAACCGACUGGUACAGUUCGUGUCUCGUUCGGCUACAUGAACAAAAAGGAAGAUGUUGAUAAAUUAAUUGAGAUGGUUCAGAACUGUUUUGUUUCCAAAACGGUGGGUAAAAUAGUAAGGGUUAUCCCUAUCAUAAACCUGGCCAAUAGUGGACUUGUUUUAAAAGCGAUCAAUGUUUACCCGAUACGAUCGUGUGGUCCGUACCAAGUAACGAGCACUUGGCCCUUGACAAAUCGUGGCUUGAAGUAUGAUCGUGAAUUUACGAUUGUCGACAGCAACGGAAAUCCACUGUUGCGAAAUAAGCAAACCGAGAUGUCUAUGAUCACGCCUAAAAUAGAUCCAAGUCGUAGCCUUCUUAUCUUAACACACCCCGCCAUGGAAGAUCUGAUACUGAAGCUAAACCAGCUCCCAAAGCGAUCGAUCGUUCUAUCAAAUGACGAGCAUUCGGUCGAUUGUGGUGACACGGCAGCCGCUUGGGUCAGCCGAGCAUUGCGUUUGCCGAGACUUCGUCUAUUGCGUGACCGGAAUAAAUCCGAACACAAACUUCUGAUGAUCGAUUGGAACGCGUUGAAAAAGUUAGGCGAUGAAGAAGCAGACGAUCGAACUAUCACCUGGCUUAUAAACCAUCUGCGGGGCAGCUUGAUUGUGGAAGGUAACACCCAAGCGGAUUGGCAAGCCUGGAAGGAGAUCAACGUUGGCAUACAGCGAUUCAAGAUAGCGGGAAAUUGUACUCGAUAUCCGAUGAUCCAUGUUAAUCAAACGGGUGAUUCCAUUUCGACAAAUACUUUGAAAGCGAUCGCCAACGUGUUCACCAAGAAGAUUCCACUGGGGGUUCACCUGACAGCUGUAGAUGACAAAUCGCCGGACGAAAAUCUAGAAUGUGGGACAUCGGUGGAACCGGUCCAAAAGAGCGAUUCUUUGAAAGUCCAAACCCUCGCAGACUGCGUUUCCACAACGUACAAUUUUCUCGUUAAGUAAAUUGUGAUUAUUA